CAAAGAUUUUUUUUAUACGGGUCGAACGGGAGACUCUGAUUAGGAGCCAUCCACUCCAUUAGUGGUAACUGGUCCAAAAUUGGAAUUUGGAAACAGCAAAAAAAAACCUUUCUUCUUUGUUGUAAAGCUCCGAGAAGUUGCCUCCGCCGAUUUGCACAGAGAAUUCAUCCGCCACUCAAUCUUGCCGGUAAAUUUGGGGCAAGAAAAGGAGCUCUCUUUCAACCUCCACCCUUCUGAUAUCAAUAGCUGUUUAUCCUUGCAGAUUAAAAUAUAGAGAUAUGCAAGACCAGAGAGGACUUGAGGAAGCUUCAGCUCCUAAAUUGCGGAAAAAGAAAACAUCACAACAAAAGGCUCCAGUGUUGCAAAAAGAAGGGAAUAAGGCAAAAAGGAUACAAGAUGUGCAUGCAAUGCCAAUUCAAAAUGGACUCAAACCUACCAAAAGAGUCCCACCGACCGAAAUUUCCCCAUUAUUCCAAUAUGCUGAGAAAUCAACACCUGAAUUCUCGCCGGAUACUUCCCCUUCCGGAAAUGAAUAUCGGGCAUUGAGGAGAAAGUAUCUAAUGCUGGAGGAAGAAAGUUUUGCUCUUGGUAAAGAAUUGAGAGAAGCCGAAGAUGAGAUCAAGGCCCUUGAAGAUGAGAAGCUAACACUCCUUGAUGAUCUUGUUGUGUUAGAAGGCCUGGUUGAUCCUUCAGAGAUUCAAUCUCAAGGCCCGCGAUUAUGAUGGUUUAUUUAAAAUGUGUUUUUCAGUAAAUUGGGGAUAUAUACAGAAUUGUGUACAACAAUCCAACUUUUUUUAGCAUAAAGUUGACAUGGUUGCGAUGCAUUAUAUAACAUCGACUGGUUGAUUAUUGCA